AAACAUUGGCCAGCCAUUCCUGUUGUGGCCACCAAUGCAGGACAUCUACUAAUCAUGGCGCCUAUGAACAUGAGGCCACCCACAGGAGCAUUCAAGAGAAGGCAAGGCCGUUGCAGUUCAUGCAGCCAUCGCCACCGUCGCCACCACCACUAUGGCCGUGCUCGCCGUUGUCUCCACAAGGGUGGUCAGCAACGCUGCCUUUGCCACCGCCGCAGCACUUAUUGCUACCAGAGCCUCCGUCGCCUUCUUCAGAGCAGCCACGGAUGCAGCCAUGCCCAUUGAUGCCACCGGUACCACACCCUGGAACCACUUCAAGUGGUUCUCAAGAACCUACCAGCCAGGGUUUGGGUGCCAGUGAUGAACUGCCGCUGUUUUUCCAGGUGGACAAUCAAAUUCACCUAGGAAACGGCAUAUUCCUGGAGCAGGAAAAAUGGGCAUGGCUGCUUUCGCGUCCGAGAGACAGCUUGUUCUGUAAGGAGGCGACCAAGCUUCUGUGGGGUGUGAGUGCCCUCCACAACAGGAGCAUCACAGGAGCCCCUUGUCGGCGCUAUGUGCGCUCAGAAAACCAGGCACCACCCAGGAGGGCACUCACGCCUAAGAAAUUGGAGGCAGUCGGAAAUGCCUUCAGCAAGUACAUUGCUGGGAGACCUAGUGAAACGGCACCAAUGGAGAGGUUAAGAAAAAUGAACAGAUUCAUUGCUGAAAUGUUGAACGACCUAAAUAAAUGAGUCGUCAAAACAUUA